AUGAUCGGCCAUCCAAAGGCACGUAUUAUGGGAGCUCUGAAGACGCGUUUGAACCUCUCGGACAAGGACAUGAAUAUCUCCUCCCCAAAACUUGUUCGCUCGGGCAGCCAUGAAACUACUCAAGCUGAAUCAUCCUCAGGUUUCAUAGUUCCGAUGACUACUGGUCAUCGAUGUCGCCAUACUUCCUUAAAUAUUCGUGUUUUGGGUGACACCACAACCACGAUUACUACAGCUGAUCGAUCAAGCUCUAAUGAGGGUGCAAUUCUUCAACGCCAUUCGGGUGUGCGUUGCAAGGUCUCUUAUUUGGGUGUUUUACCAUCCCACCAAAUGGAAUUGCACCACUCCCUCAAAAGCGUGCAUCAAGCCCUCUGCACCUGUAUGCCUCGUAUCAUCAACUCGGCUAUUCUCAGUUGUCAUAAGAACUUACUGUGGUAUCGUCUAUUCGACUCACAGUACUUCCCCUCAACUCAACCCUCUGACUACCAGGAAGGCGUGGAGGAAAUUGGCCAAGAAGCUGUCUCUCUUCUUGGUUCUGAGGUUAUUCACCGAGGUCUUUCUUGUGAUGAAUUCGAAGACUUGAUUAAUUCCGCUCCACUGAAGCUAGAUCUUCUAAGGAUGGAUCCAAGAUUGGUUGAAUUGUUGAAGAUAAGUGGGAAACAUUUGGUUACCUCGGUGGUGAAUCACCUGAAUGAUAGUAGAGGGAAAACUGUGGGGUUUGUCUUCUCCAAAACAUCGGAUGUAUGGACACACCUAGUGGUUAUCGAUCCGACAUUCCGAGAGGGUCUGAUUCAAAUUUCGUGGAGAGGGGGGAGUAAUGGUGUGGAUACAUCUCAGGCAUUGACCCCCCUUCAACCAACAGAAGUGAGAAAUAUUCAGUUGCCCUCGGUUAAGUCGAGGCUCUCCUCAAUGCUUCGAAAUAUUCUUUCGAGUGUAAAUCGAACUGUUGAAGGGAUCCCGAUGGAUGAACUACCGGAGGAAUUUGAAGAGUCUUGGGAUUCACAUGAAUUUACAAUGAUGGCUGUGUUUAGAAGCACGGGGAGUAUGGAGGCUUCAAUGCGAAACUUCUCGAAUCCCUCGACAACACCCCUUCCAUCAUCAAAUGUGCCCCCUCCGCUUUCGAAUUUGUCAAUCGCCUCCAACAUCUACCGAACGCACUUGAUGCCAGCUCUGAAACUUCUCAUUGAAAUUCUAACACUUCAUGUGUGGAAUGAUCUUCAUUAA